AUGAACCCGCCACUGCUGGCGCUUGGUGCUGCUCUCAGCACCAUGGCAAUGAUCUCUAGUGCGAUGUCCCAAACCUUCCCGUCUCUGAUAGGACUAAACCCCACCAGAAUAACCACUUCAGAUACUCCAACCCAGAUCAGCCCCAAGGAAGGGUGGCAAGUUUACAGCUCAGCCCAGGACCCUGACGGCCGCUGCAUUUGCACCGUUGUUGCCCCUGAACAAAAUCUCUGCUCACGAGAUGCCAAAAGCAGGCAGCUCCGACAGCUGCUGGAGAAGGUCCAGAAUAUGUCCCAAUCCAUUGAAGUGCUGAACCUGCGGACUCAGAGGGAUUUCCAGUACGUUUUAAAAAUGGAAACGCAAAUGAAAGGGCUGAAAGCCAAGUUUCGGCAAAUUGAAGAUGAUAGGACUACAUUAACUAAUAAAUAUUUUUAAGAGUUGAAGGAAAAGAUGGAUGAGCUCCUGCCUCUGAUCCCAGUUCUGGAACAAUACAAAACCGACGCCAAAUUAAUUACCCAGUUCAAGGAGGAAAUUAGGAACCUGUCUGCUGUCCUCACUGGGAUUCAGGAAGAAAUUGGUGCUUACGACUAUGAGGAACUACACCAGCGUGUACUCAGUUUAGAAACCAGGCUUCGAGACUGCAUGAAAAAGCUCACAUGUGGCAAAUUGAUGAAAAUUACAGGCCCCAUUACAAUCAAGAUAUCCGGAACCCGAUUUGGAGCCUGGAUGACAGAUCCAUUAGCAUCAGAGAAAAAUAACCGAGUCUGGUACAUGGAUGGCUACACUAACAAUAAAAUUGUCCGUGAAUAUAAAUCCAUUGCAGACUUUGUCAGCGGGGCUGAGUCAAGGACAUACAACCUUCCCUUCAAAUGGGCAGGAACCAACCAUGUCGUCUACAACGGCUCCCUCUAUUUCAACAAGUACCAGAGCAACAUCAUCAUCAAGUACAGCUUCGACAUGGGGCGGGUGCUCGCGCAGCGCAGCCUCGAGUACGCCGGCUUUCACAACGUCUACCCUUACACCUGGGGCGGCUUCUCCGACAUAGACCUGAUGGCGGACGAAAUCGGCCUUUGGGCGGUGUACGCCACCAACCAGAACGCAGGCAACAUCGUCAUCAGCCAGCUCAACCAGGACACGCUGGAGGUGCUGCAGAGCUGGAGCACAGGCUACCCCAAGAGGAGCGCUGGAGAGUCCUUCAUGAUCUGCGGCACCUUGUACGUCACCAACUCGCACUUAACAGGAGCCAAGGUCUACUACUCUUACUCCACAAAAACCUCCACCUACGAGUACACAGACAUUCCUUUCCAUAAUCAGUAUUUCCAUAUAUCCAUGCUUGACUACAACGCAAGAGAUCGAGCUCUCUAUGCCUGGAAUAACGGACAUCAAGUCCUCUUUAAUGUCACUCUUUUCCAUGUCAUUAAAACUGAAGACGACUCAUAAUUCUUUUUCCCUUCCCGUCCCCCCACCUCCCUCCCUCGAAGCAGUGUCAUUUGUGAUCAGCUCCAAAGCAUCCACCGCUCUUGGUUCCUGUUAAUCCACAUUUCUUUUUUCAUUAACGAAAAGUGGCAUUUC